GUCAAAUAAAACAGUAACAUUAUUCAUAGUAGGACGUCAUAUAGAACAGUUACAUCAUUUACAGGAUCGGCCUCGUAAGCCUAUGUAAUAAAGUGUCAGUAGCUGCACCAUGUAGUAGGGUGUCGUAUAUAAACUUGACAAAUGUUCAAUAGUUUGAGACAAUAAUAAAAUAUAGACUGAUGGUGUUUUAUUUUCAGCAGCCGGAAGGGAGGGGAGUUUUUUGGUAUAUUCUGACAAGAUUGACUUUUGGUGGAAUUUUUACCUGUGAAUUUUGUCCAAAUGACUUGUUUUCCUUCAUUCAUGACACGCCAUUGCAAUGAUAUAUACUUAAACCAUUCCUCGUUUCUUUCUAAAGCUAUGCCGGUAAUUCUGCUUUCAUCGCCCUGGUUGCCGCCGAGGAUGGCAUCGAUGCCGCGAGGUACCGGAAGUGGGCCGUUGAACAGAUCAACUACAUGCUCGGGGACAACCAUCACGAUGGCGGCUGCUACAGCUACGAGGUGGGCUACGGCAGCAAGUACCCCUUGAGACCCCACCACGCAGGGGCGUCGUGCCCCAACAAACCCGCCACGUGCGGCUGGCCGCAGUACGAGUCCGCGGCGCCCAACCCACACGUGUUGCAAGGCGCCCUGGUGGGUGGACCGGAUCAGAACGACAACUUCCGUGACGUCAGGUCCGAUUACGUUCACAACGAGGUCACCACGGACUACAACUCUGGUUUCCAAGGGGCGCUUGCUGGCAUCUUACAUCUCCAGACCGUAAACCAUUUUCCCACCACCAACAAUAAAUGUCCCUGUAAUGCAUAAACUUUGAGAUAUACAUUUUGAUAUAAGCAAUGUUAGGAUCCCAAUUAAACAAUACACUUAGGUAGUACUUAAGGUGGUACUGUUUGAGGUAUGAAGCACUUUUAACUUAAAACAUUAAUUAUGUUGAUUCAUUAUUCGCAG